AUGAUAGAAUCGGUUCCUUGUAAACUACUCAUUGGAAUCUCAUUAGAUCAAGAACAAAGCAUGGAACUUCUGUCAUCUGCAAUCUGUAAUCUGGCUCGUCCUAAUGACACUGUCGUUGCAUUGCAUAUUCUUGAAACGCGGAAGAAACAUGAAUCCAAAAGUGGUUCUUCAAAGUCAAACAAUAGGUACCAAAUGCGAAUUCGAAAGGCUAAAGCAUUUGUUAUAUCUGUCAUGGGGGAAUUUGCCAAUGUUUGCCGUGCUAAACAGGUGAAGUUGGAGGCAAGGGUUGGGUUUAGCUCUAGUGUUGGAAAAGGACUUAUUGAUGAAGUCAAGAACAUAUCGUCUAAGUAUCUUCUCAUUGCAAGCAAAAGAAACAAACUACACAGGGUCUUUAAAACACAAAAAUAUUGCCUUGAUCAUACACCGAAAUCAUGUUCACUAGUACUGAUACAGAAAUCUGAUAUGCCACAAGAUUUUCAUUCUACGACAAUGAACGUAAAAGACGAAAAGAGUGAGCAGUGUUCACCUAGAAAUGUCUUGGAUUUAUCUGGAGAGUAUCAUAGCACAGAAGAAGACAGUUCUAGCUUUGAAGGGUCAACAAUAACAGAGUCCUCUUCACCUUCAUUGAGUGUUGACUUGAAAAGCCGUUCCUCUUUUAGAAGGCAUAUAUCAUCGUUGAAGCGCAUUUCAUCCUUUUUACUCUCUCCCUUUGAGCAAGAUUCGAGUAAGCAGAAUUUGAAGCUUUCUAUUAAACAGCCACCACCACCACCAUUAUUGAAGUGUUUCACUUACCAAGAGCUCGCGAAUGCGACAAAUAAUUUCCAACAAGAUAACAUCGUCGGGAUAGGUGGCUAUUCGGAGGUAUACAAAGGUGAUCUACUAAAUGGACAAUCCAUUGCAGUCAAAAAGCUUGCCAGGGACAACAAUGAUCGAACAAAAGAAAAAGAGUUCCUAAUGGAGUUAGGCAUUCUUGGACAUGUUAAACAUCCCAACACUGCUAGCUUAGUUGGAUGCUGUGUCGAAAAUGGACUAUAUCUCAUCUUCAACUACUACCCAAAUGGAACUCUCUCAUCAGCAUUACAUGGAAAAUCGGAAAUCCGUCUAGAAUGGCCUGAAAGAUACAAAAUUGCUCUUGGGAUAGCUAAAGGGUUACAUUAUCUUCACACUUGUUGCAAACACAGAAUUAUACACCGUGAUAUUAAAGCAUCAAACGUCCUACUAGGUCCAGACUUUGAACCACAGAUUUCAGACUUUGGUCUGGCAAAAUGGCUUCCCAGUAAAUGGACACACCAUGCUGUAAUUCCUAUUGAAGGGACUUUCGGAUACUUAGCACCAGAAUACUUUAUGCAUGGAAUUGUGGAUGAAAAAACAGAUGUUUUUGCUUUCGGAGUUCUUCUUUUAGAAAUCAUAACCGGGCGUAUGCCUGUCAAUUCAGAGAGGCAGAACCUUGUACUGUGGGCAAAACCACUUAUUGACGCUGGAGACAUUUGCGAACUAGUUGAUCCUGAUCUGAAAGGUGAAUACGACUUCAAUCAAAUUUAUAGAUUAGUACUCACGUCUUCAUAUUGCGUACAACAAUCUUCUGACUGGCGACCUUCCAUGACUGAGGUGUUAGAAGUUCUACAAUUGGGAGAUGACUCAAAUUUCGCAAAGAAUUGGACCAUACCAAAAGUUGCACAAGAUGAGAAUGAAAUGGACGACUAUUCAAUGAUUUUUGGCUAUGAUGUCCCAUCUGAUAUAAGUUUAGAUGACAUUUAGUUAAAAAUAAUUAUCUGGGUUUGUAAGAAUUUCUAAUUUUGGACUUAGUAACUUCUAUAAAAUAAUUAGGUGGCUAUGAAUUCUUUAAUUCUUAAUCUUCAUUGUAAGUCUCCUUAUUAA